CAGUGUUCCUAACCGCUGAGCCAUCUCUCCAGCCCUGGUCCAUCCUAUUCUUAAAGUGAGAAGAUCAUGACUCUUAAGAGGAAUAGCUAUUCACAGGCAGACAGAACCACUUAUCACGUUUUGCAGUGUCUCCUGAGGAAGUCAGAGUCUGAGCCAGCAUGAAGAUUGAAUCUUGUCUUUGGUCUGAUUUACCUUUAUUGUAAUCAUGUGCAAGGUGGUUAUAGCAUGGAAUCUAAAAUCUUUCUUCCUGCCUGACAUAACUCACUUCAAGAAGUACACAAUGUCAGAACGUGGAAUUAAGUGGGCCUGUGAAUAUUGUACGUAUGAAAACUGGCCGUCUGCAAUCAAGUGUACUAUGUGUCGUGCCCAGAGACCUAGUGGAACAAUUAUUACAGAAGAUCCAUUUAAAAGUGGUUCAAGUGAUAUUGGUAGAGACUGGGAUCCUGCCAGUACUGAGGGUGGAAGUAGUCCUUUGAUAUGUCCAGACUCUAGUGCAAGACCAAGGGUUAAGUCUUCAUACAGCAUAGAAAAUGCAAAUAAAUGGUCAUGCCACAUGUGUACAUAUUUGAACUGGCCAAGAGCAAUCAGGUGUACCCAAUGCUUAUCUCAGCGUAGGACCAGGAGUCCUACAGAAUCUCCUCAAUCCUCAGGAUCUGGCUCAAGACCAGUUGCUUUUUCUGUUGAUCCUUGUGAGGAAUACAAUGAUAGAAAUAAACUGAAUACAAGGACCCAGCAUUGGACUUGUUCUAUUUGCACAUACGAAAACUGGGCCAAGGCUAAAAAGUGUGUUGUUUGUGAUCAUCCCAGACCUAACAACAUUGAAGCUAUAGAGUUGGCAGAGACUGAAGAGGCUUCUUCAAUAAUCAAUGAACAAGACAGAGCUCGGUGGAGGGGAAGCUGCAGUAGUGGGAAUAGCCAAAGAAGAUCACCUCCUGUUACAAAGCGAGACUCUGAAGUGCAAAUGGAUUUUCAGAGGAUAGAGUUGGCUGGUGCUGUUGGUAGCAAAGAGGAGCUUGAAGUGGACUUCAAAAAACUAAAGCAAAUUAAAAAUAGGAUGAAAAAGACUGAUUGGCUAUUCCUCAAUGCUUGUGUGGGGUUCCUGAAAUUGUGCCUGCUGUCUCCAGGUCCACCCUGACCCCACAGCAUAAACCAUGCUGUGAUGUCACAGCUAUCAUAGAACUCCAGGGUAGUGCCCAUAUGGGCUCAGGGGUUGUAGAAGGUGAUUUAGCAGCCAUAGAAGCAUUUAAGUCAUCAGGAGGAGACAUUGCACGUCAGCUCACCGCAGAUGAAGUUCGCUUGCUGAACCGUCCUUCUGCCUUUGAUGUUGGCUACACGCUGGUACACUUGGCAAUACGUUUUCAGAGGCAGGAUAUGCUAGCAAUAUUGCUUACAGAGGUGUCUCAACAAGCAGCAAAGUGUAUUCCAGCAAUGGUGUGUCCUGAACUGACGGAACAAAUCCGGAGAGAAAUAGCUGCUUCUCUUCACCAGAGAAAGGGGGAUUUUGCGUGCUAUUUUCUGACUGACCUCGUAACAUUUACAUUGCCAGCAGAUAUUGAAGACUUGCCUCCAACAGUCCAAGAAAAAUUAUUUGAUGAGGUGCUUGAUAGAGAUGUACAGAAAGAGCUAGAAGAAGAAUCUCCAAUUAUAAACUGGUCCUUGGAGUUGGCUACACGUUUGGACAGUCGACUGUAUGCACUUUGGAACCGGACAGCAGGAGAUUGUUUACUUGACUCAGUACUACAAGCUACCUGGGGCAUUUAUGACAAAGACUCGGUGCUUCGGAAAGCCCUACAUGACAGUCUGCAUGACUGUUCACAUUGGUUUUACACGCGCUGGAAAGAUUGGGAGUCGUGGUAUUCUCAGAGCUUUGGUUUACAUUUCUCCCUCAGAGAAGAGCAGUGGCAAGAAGACUGGGCAUUUAUACUCUCUCUUGCCAGUCAGCCUGGAGCGAGUUUGGAGCAGACACACAUUUUUGUACUUGCACAUAUUCUCAGACGACCAAUCAUAGUUUAUGGCGUAAAAUAUUACAAGAGUUUCCGGGGAGAAACUUUAGGAUAUACUCGGUUUCAAGGAGUUUAUCUGCCUUUGUUGUGGGAACAGAGUUUUUGUUGGAAAAGUCCAAUUGCUCUGGGCUAUACAAGGGGCCACUUUUCUGCUUUGGUUGCCAUGGAAAAUGAUGGUUAUGGCAACCGAGGUGCUGGUGCUAACCUGAACACUGAUGAUGAUGUUACCAUCACUUUUUUGCCUCUGGUUGACAGUGAAAGGAAGCUGCUCCAUGUGCACUUUCUUUCUGCUCAGGAGCUGGGUAAUGAGGAGCAGCAGGAGAAGCUGCUGCGGGAGUGGCUGGACUGCUGCGUGACGGAAGGGGGCGUCCUGGUGGCCAUGCAGAAAAGCUCUCGGCGGAGAAACCACCCCUUGGUCACGCAGAUGGUAGAAAAAUGGCUCGACCGCUACCGGCAGAUCCGGCCUUGUACAUCCCUAUCUGAUGGAGAGGAAGACGAGGAUGAAGAAGAUGAAUGAGGGAGACACAACAAACCAACAACCGAGGAAUAAAGCCCAAGCCAUCAGUUCUGUGAUGACCCCGACUUUAGUGUGGCCCUCAAAGCAGAAUGUACAGCGUGGAAUGAGCCACACCCUGCAGCAUCUGCUCCCAAGUAUCUUCUGCUCCACAGCUGGUGGAGCCUGAGUGCAUCUGCUGCAUGAGGAGACAGAGGACUGUGCUUGAACUAGAGUUUGUAAAAAACUAAUUUUAUUGACAGAACUUUUUUCUUUCAAAUUGUAAAUCUGUCUAUGAAUGUAACGCAUGUGGUUGUGUAAGAAAUCGUGUAAUAGGACAAGUUGUACCAGCAUCUUCACAUUAUUGAGAACAUUUUUUUUUCCAGCAUGGGCACUUACAAAAGCACAUGGCAGACAACCUUUGAGGUAAUCUCAUUAGAACCUGGCAUUCUCCUUAUACCUUAAAAGAUCCAUUUGACAAUGUUUCAUCAAUUUGGAAACUUUGUACAAAUUAUACACAGCAAAACAAAAAUAAACAAGCUUUUAUUUUAUUAAUAACUUAGCUCCUGUUGUGCCCAAUAAAAAUAAAAUGAAAUGUUUUAGGAACAAGCUAUAAGGAAAGCUAGUAAUUUUCUUUUUUAAACUAGAGUGAAUUUUAGACAUUGUCUCCUUGUUUUUGAAGGUUUUGGUUUCUGUUGUCUUCAAGUUUUCUGACACCCCCCUCCCCCAAUUAUUUAGAUAUUUAUUUGGAAGAGUGCCCUAUAGAGGUUCUUACUCACCUCUGGGCAGGUGUGUUUGUGUUAUUCCUCAGAUGGAAAGGAGCAGACUUGUCACUGAAUGGAUCGUGACAUUUGCUCACGUGGACUCCAUCACCAUGUUUUGUUGCUCGAUUGCCAUGCAGAGGGCCUUUGGACUCUUCCGUCUUUAUUGUCACCUCUGCUCCACGCCAGUGCUGGUAAGGGCGUGCCUUUGCUUAGGCCCAUUGGGAAUAUCAAUUCAGUAUAGAAUAAAGACUUUAAAAAUCCAGAAAGAUGGUCAGUGCAUUGUAUGAAUUUUUGUGUACUGAGAAUUUUUGCAUGUUGGUUAAUUGUAUUCAUUUUUACUUAAAAGUAAUAAUCUUAGGUAGAAAAACUUUCUGGAAAGUAUUUGACCACUUCAGGUAUAUAUUCAGUACUGGGUAAAAACUUCUUUCUUAUCUCAGGAACACAAGGCCUAGUGUCCUGAUAAGCACUUUGUGGACUUUGAUGUGGCACGAAAUUUGCGAAAUAGCAAAUACACACACAUUGACACGUUUUCCUUUCCUUUAAUGGGGAAAGGCUGUGAAAACAUUUAAAUCUUGUUUUCUGAUGAGAUGGUAUGGAAAUGUAUACAACCUUAAACUUGCUGGAAAAUUAAAGUAACUGUCCGUGA